ACGGGCGAACAGGGUACCCGAAAAGUACCCUCGCGGGCUCGCUUCGCUCGCCACGCUUCGGGCACGGUGGCUCGCUCCGCUCCGCUUCGCUCACCACCUAAUUACUAAAGGUAAUAGUUGGUGGCGUGGACAGUAGAGGAACUAUCCCGCUGGCGUAGCUCCUCCCCCUUGUGUCGUAACUCCUCCCCCAAAUGGAAAAGGUCCCUUAGCCCACUUGAUUCUAGCAUCUACCCUGCUGCAGCCUCCCAGUGUCCGUGGAGAUCAGGAACUCUAGCUGUGAGGAACGGAGUCUUUAUUACACAUCACACGUUCUGCAUUCUCUCUGAUUGACCGAGGAUGGACAAGGACAGUAGUCACAGGACUGAGAGGAUAAUAAAAAUCACCCUGGAGAUCAUCUACCUGCUUACUGGGGAGGAUUACACAGUAGUGAAGAAGACAUCCAGUGAGUGUGAGAUACUCAACAGCCAUCCCCGUGUGUCAGGACGACUGAGUAGAACCCAGAGCCCAAUCACGGUGCCUCCACCUGACUCACUAAUACAUGAGAGACACAGUGACCAAAAGAUCCUGGAACUCACCAACAAGAUCAUUCAGCUGCUGACUGGAGAGGAGGGGGAGUAUAUAGAGGAACACAGGGGUCUGUACAAGGACGUGAUGAUGGAGAAUCACCGGCCCCUCACAUCACUGGAUGGGCCCAGUAACAGAGAUACCCCAGAGAGAUGUCCCCGUCCUCUGUAUUCCCAGGAUUGUACAGAGGAGAAUCACAGGAUCCCACAGGAGGAUCAGGGUGAAGCCCAAUUAAAUAAUAUUAAAAUCAAAGAUACAGAGGGAGAAGAAGAGACGUAUGUGACUGAUAUAAAGGCAGAAGAUAUAGAGGGAGAAGAAGAGACGUAUGUGACUGAUAUAAAGGCAGAAGAUAUAGAGGGAGAAGAAGAGACGUAUGUGACUGAUAUAGAGACAGAAGAUACUGAGGAAGAAGAAGAGACGUAUGUGACUGAUAUAAAGGCAGAAGAUAUAGAGGGAGAAGAAGAGACGUAUGUGACUGAUAUAGAGACAGAAGAUACUGAGGAAGAAGAAGAGACGUAUGUGACUGAUAUAAAGGUAGAAGAUACAGAGGGAGAAGAAGAGACGUAUGUGACUGAUAUAAAGGCAGAAGAUAUAGAGGGAGAAGAAGAGACGUAUGUGACUGAUAUAAAGGCAGAAGAUAUAGAGGGAGAAGAAGAUACAUAUGUGAGGGGUGAUCAGCCGUCUAAGGAGAAGGAGAUCCCUACAGAUAUCAGCACAGCAGAUGGACACACAAGCAGGAAUAUCUCAGAAGGACAUCUAAUGUUAUCCCCGGAUUGUGACAUAAAAGAUAAUGACAGUAGACAGGAUUCUCCAGGAGAUAACUCCAUUACCCCAAUUAUACAUCCAGCUCUAUCAGCUGAUCCCUCUGAUCCUGGGAAAUGUUCUCCUGAUCACUCUGAUAUUGGUGCAUCUGUUACAGCUCUGACAGUAGAUACAGUGUUUCCAUGUUCUAUAGAUGCCAAAUGUUUUACACAGAACACAAAGCUUAUUACCCAUCAGGCAGCUAAGGCAGGUGAGAGGCCAUUUCCAUGUUCUGAGUGUGGAAAAUGUUUUACAUACAAAUCACUUCUUGUAAUACAUAAGAGAAUACAUACAGGUGAGAAACCAUAUUCCUGUUCUGAAUGUGGGAAAUGUUUUACCCAUAAAUCACAACUUAUUACACAUCAGCGAAGUCACACAGGUGAGAGGCCAUUUCAAUGUCCUGAGUGUGGGAAAUGUUUUCCACAGAAAUCAGAUCUUGUUAGUCAUAACAGAAGUCACACAGGUGAGAAUCCAAUUUCUUGCUCUGAGUGUGGGAAAUGUUUUACACGGAAAUCACAACUUGUUAUACAUCACAGAAGUCACACAGGUGAGAAGCCAUUUUCUUGCCCUGAGUGUGGGAAAUGUGUUGCCCGGAAAUCACAACUUGUUAGACAUCAGCGAAGUCACACAGGUGAGAAGCCAUUUCCAUGUUCGGAGUGUGAGAAAUGUUUUGCACUCAAAUCGACUCUUGUUAUACAUCGCAGAGGUCACACAGGUGAGAAGCCAUUUUCUUGCUCUGAGUGUGGGAAAUUUUUUACACUGAAAUCACAUCUUGUUAGACAUCAGCGAAGUCACACAGGUGAGAAGCCAUUUCCAUGUUCUGAGUGUGGGAAAGGUUUUGCACACAAAUCAGUUCUUAUUAUACAUCAGAGAAGUCACACAGGUGAGAAGCCAUUUCCAUGUUCUGAGUGUGGGAAAGGUUUUGCACACAAAUCAGUUCUUAUUAUACAUCAGAGAAGUCACACAGGUGAGAAGCCAUAUUGUUGCUCUGAGUGUGGGAAAUGUUUUACACAGAAAUCACAUCUUGUUAAACACCAGAGAAGUCACACAGGUGAGAAGCCAGGACACACAAGCAGGAAUAUCUCAGAAGGACAUCUAAUGUUAUCCCCGGAUUGUGACAUAAAAGAUAAUGACAGUAGACAGGAUUCUCCAGGAGAUAACCCCAUUACCCCAAUUAUACAUCCAGCUCUAUCAGCUGAGCCCUCUGAUCCUGGGAAAUGUUCUCCUGAUCACUCUGAUAUUGGUGCAUCUGUUACAGCUCUGACAGUAGAUACAGUGUUUCCCUGUUCUAUAGAUGCCAACUAUUUUACACAGAACACAAAGCUUAUAACCCAUCAGCCAGUUAAAGCAAGCGAGAGGCCAUUUCCAUGUUCUGAGUGUGGGAAAUAUUUUACAUACAAAUCAGCUUUUGUUACACAUCAGAGAUAUCACACAGGUGAGAAACCAUUUCCAUGUUCUGAGUGUGGGAAAUGUUUUGCACGGAAAUCAAAUCUUGUUAAACAUCAGAGUAGUCACACAGGUGAGAGGCCAUUUUCUUGCUCUGAGUGCGAGAAAUGUUUUACACGGAAAUCAAAUCUUGUUAAACAUAAGAGUAGUCAUACAGGUGAGAGACCAUUUCCAUGUUCUGAGUGUGGGCAAUGUUUUGCACAGAAAUCACAUCUUGUUACACAUCAGAGAAGCCACACAGGUGAGAAGCCUUUUCCAUGUUCUGAGUGUGGAAAAUGUUUUGCACAGAAAUCCAAUCUUGUUACACAUCAGAGAAGUCACACAGGUGAGAAGCCAUUUUCUUGCUCUGAGUGUGGGAAAUGUUUUGGACGCAAAUCAGAUCUUGUUACACAUCAGAGAAGUCACACAGAUAAGAAUCCAUUUCCAUGUUCUGAGUGUGGGGAAUGUUUUGCACACAAAUCAGAUCUUGUUAUACAUCAGAGAAGUCACAGAGGUGAGAAUCCAUAUCUAUGUUCUGAGUGUGGGAAAUGUUUUGCACACAAAUCACAUCUUGUUACACAUCAGAGAAGUCACACAGGUGAGAAGCCAUUUUAUUGCUCUGAGUGUGGGAAAUGUUUUACCCAGAAAUCAUGUCUUGUUAUACAUCAGAGAAGUCACACAGGUGAGAAGCCAUUUCCAUGUUCUGAGUGUGGGAAAUGUUUUGCACACAAAUCAGAUCUUGUUAUUCAUCACAGAAGUCACACAGGUGAGAAGCCAUUUUCUUGCUCUGAGUGCGGGAAAUGUUUUGCACAGAAAUCACAUCUUGUUACACAUCAGAGAAGUCACACAGGUGAGAAGCCAUUUUAUUGCUCUGAGUGUGGGAAAUGUUUUACCCAGAAAUCAAGUCUUGUUACACAUCAGAGAAGUCACACAGGUGAGAAGCCAUUUUAUUGCUCUGUGUGUGGGAAAUGUUUUACCCAGAAAUCAAGUCUUAUUAUACAUCAGAGAAGUCACACGGGUGAGAAGCCAUUUCCAUACUCUGAGAAAUUUUCAGCGAUGUUGCAUUCUGACGAUUCAAUGCCAGACCUGAUAGCUCAAGAGGAACAUGAGGAAGGUGAAUUGGGCCAGAAGUCAGAUAAUGAGGUUACUGAUAGUCUGGCCAUUGAUAAUCUCAUCGAUUCUCUGAAUAAGCAGUUAACAGAAGCAUGGAAGAAUCCGGAUAAACGGUUUUCUAUGCCUCAACGGUUUCUGUCAAGUUACCCGUUCCCAGAGUCUAUGACGUCUAAAUGGUUCCUAAAUGUAAAUUAUCUGGAUCAGCAUUCAAAUCCUAUAGACCUCAGUCCUUUCGAGGCCAUGCUAGAAGAACAACCAUACACAGUAGACAUGGUAGAUGACGUGGUUUUCAAUAAACCACUAACCGUCAUGACACUAAGACGACCGACAAGCCAGUGGCAUGACGGGCUUCCAGCCCAUCUCGUAUCUUCAGUUGUGGCAGAUGGACACACAAGCAGAAAUAUCUCAGAAGGACAUCUAAUGGUAUCCCAGGAUUCUGAAAUAACAGAUAAUGACAGUAGACAGGAUUCUCCAGGAGAUAACCCCAUUACCCCAAUUAUACAUCCAGCUCUAUCAGCUGAUCCCUCUGAUCCUGGGGAAUGUUCUCCUGAUCACUCUGAUAUUGGAGCAUCUGUUACAGCUCUGACAGUAGAUACAGAGUUUCCCUGUUCUGUAGAUGCCAAAUGUUUUACACAGAACACAAAGCUUAUUACCCAUCAUCCAGCUAAGGCAGGUGAGAGGCCACUGAUAUGUUCUGAGUGUGGGAAAUGUUUCGCAUUUAAAUCAGUUCUUGUUACACAUCAGAGAAGUCACACAGGUGAGAAGCCGUUUUCCUGUUCUGAGUGUGGGAAAUGUUUUACACAGAAUUCAGCUCUUGUUACACAUCAGAGAAGUCACUCAGGUGAGAAGCCGUUUUCCUGUUCUGAGUGUAGGAAAUGUUUUGCACGGAAAUCAGAUCUUGUUACACAUCAGAGAAGUCACACAGGUGAGAAGCCGUUUUCCUGUUCUGAGUGUGGGAAAUGUUUUACACAGAAAUCAGCUCUUGUUACACAUCAGAGUAGUCACACAGGUGAGAAGCCAUUUUCCUGUUCUGAGUGUAGGAAAUGUUUUCCACGGAAAUCAGCUCUUGUUGCACAUCAGAGAAGUCACUCAGGUGAGAAGCCGUUUUCCUGUUCUGAGUGUAGGAAAUGUUUUGCACGGAAAUCAGAUCUUGUUACACAUCAGAGAAGUCACACAGGUGAGAAGCCGUUUUCCUGUUCUGAGUGUGGGAAAUGUUUUGCAUUCAAAUCACAUUUUGAUAUUCAUCAGCAUACUCACACAGAUGAGAAGCCGUAUUCCUGUUCUGAGUGUAGGAAAUGUUUUCCACGGAAAUCAGAUCUUGUUACACAUCAGAGAAGUCACACAGGUGAGAAGCCGUUUUCCUGUUCUGAGUGUGGGAAAUGUUUUGCAUUCAAAUCACAUUUUGUUAUUCAUCAGCAUACUCACACAGGUGAGAAGCCAUUUCCAUGUUCUGAGUGUGGGAAAUGUUUUGCAGGGAAAUCAGAUCUUGUUAAACAUCAGAGAAGUCACACAGGUGAGAAGCCGUAUUCCUGUUCUGAGUGUGGGAAAUGUUUUACACAGAAAUCAGUUCUUGUUACACAUCAGAGUAGUCACACAGGUGAGAAGCCAUUUUCCUGUUCUGAGUGUAGGAAAUGUUUUCCACGGAAAUCAGAUCUUGUUGCACAUCAGAGAAGUCACACAGGUGAGAGGCCAUUUCCAUGUUAUGAGUGUGGGAAAUGUUUUACACAGAAAUCAGCUCUUGUUAGACAUCAGAGAAGUCACACAGGUGAGAAGCCAUACUUCUGUUCUGAGUGUGGGAAAUGUUUUGCACAGAAAUCACAUCUUGUUCUACAUCAGAGAAGUCAUACAGGUGAGAAGCCGUAUUCCUGUUCUGUGUGUGGGAAAUGUUUUGCAUGUAAAUCAAAUCUUGUUACACAUCAGAGGAGUCACACAGGUGAAAAGCCAUUUUCAUGCUGUGAGAGAAAUAAAUCCGCUCUUGUUGAACAUAUUAGACAUUACCCAAAUACGGAACCAUUUACAUCU